AAUCUCCAACCAUUGCCCCUCGAAAACAAAACCGUUUCGUCGCGCGCACGACAACCAACGCCGUCACCCUCAUCAUCCCCGAUAAAGGUCUGUUGUCGUCGUCGUUGUCGUCGCCGCCACCUGUGAAGCAGGACCAUAGUAAUAGCAGCAGUAGAAGCAGCAGCAGCAGCGGCAGUAGCACUGGUUGUAUCAACAACAAUACCUACAACAACAACAAUAACAACAACAACAACAGCGACAAUAACAGUACCACCAGUAGCCGUCGCCACCGCCGCCUCCUCCUCCGUACGCCGUACACGAUUAACGCCGUGCCGAGCUCAGCAACGGCAUCAGCACCAAUAACGACGACAGCAGUGCACACAACGAACGUCGAAAUGGAGCCACAAGACACGAGCAUGACGAACCUGAUAAUCAACUAUCUGCCACAGUCGAUGACCGAUAAAAAACUACACCAAAUGUUCACCCAGAUCGGACAGAUCGAAGCGUGCCGGGUGAUGAAAGACGUCAAAACUGGCUAUAGUUUUGGUUUUGGUUUUGUCAACUUUGUUCGCCCUGAAGAUGCUUCUAGAGCUAUUGAAGUGAUGAAUGGUCUCCAAGUUGAGAAUAAACGUUUAAAAGUAUCUUAUGCUCGACCUGCUGGAGAAGACAUCAAAGAUACAAACCUUUAUGUUCAAAAUUUACCAAGAUCAAUAACAGAAAGAGAACUUGAAGAUUUAUUUGCUCCUUAUGGUCAAAUUGUUCAAAAAAAUAUCCUUAAAGACAAAUACAGUGGACUUCCCAGAGGAGUAGCUUUUGUUCGCUAUAACAAAAAAGAAGAUGCCCAAAAAGCAAUUAUUCAACUAAAUGGUGUUUUGUUGGAGGGAUGCACAGAGCAUCUAUCAGUUAAAAUAGCAGAGGAACAUGGCAAACAGAAAGCAGCUUAUUUGGCCGGUCUGCAAACUGGUUUAGCGCACAGAGGGGCUAAAAAUCCACAAAACAUGCACCAAUUAAUCAGAGCUAAUCAUGCUAUUGACAAGUAUCCCAAUCCAUUGUUGCAGCAUUUUGAAAGACAUACUAUUGGUGCUAUGCACCAAGAUAGGUCUAGUUACCGUCAUACAUCAGUCGGGUUGUUUCCAUCGCCACUUAGCUACAAUGUCGGCAUCGGUAAUGGGAAUAUGUAUUGAUAUAAAAUCGAUAACACCUUUGUACACAUUUUUAGGUUUUUUUCUUUUUAAUGUAAAUUAAAUUAAUAUAUAUAAAUAUAUAUAUCCAAUCUCCAUAAUUUAAAAUUGCUCGAUACAUUUAUGAAAUGAAAACAAAAAAAAAUUGUUGUAGAUUUCUUCUAUAUUUAGUCUAGAAAUUGUAUUGUAAAUAAUUUCAAGUAACAAAUAAAGUUUAUGUUAUGAUUCUUUGGAAUAUUGAAAAAAACUCAUAACUUUAAUUUUGAUAUUAUUAUUAUCCUUUUAUAUAAUAAUUAAUAAUAUUAAUUAGUCUAAAAUAUAAGUAUGCAUGUGUGCCUAUAUUUCAUGUUUUUCUACUGUAAUAUUUUUUAAAUAAAAUAACUUGUCUGUAUAUA